UUGAAGGGCGAAGGAAGACAUCUUUGUUUUGAUUUCCAGUGACAAGUGAAUCAAUGCGAUGUGUGGGUUGAAGAGGUAUUUCCUACCAGACUACGUUUUCUUUCCCAAAAAUACCAUGUAAAAAAGGUGUGGAGUCGACCUUCGCCACGAACCAGAGGAUAAAUUUAACUAAGAUCACAAUAUUUACUGUUAUUUUUCGCUGUCCAAGACUUAGCCUUCAGCGCGCCGAGGAAUUCAGAAUUUUCAAUUUUUGGCUCUGAGACAUUUUCUUCAUCAGAGAAAAAUCACCGGAACUGGUUCUGAAUUUUAAACGAAGCCUUAGGAAAUCCCGUCGUCUUUCCAAAAACACCCGGCGUUAGCUCAAUUUUUUCUGGCGUCGAAACUACAGUUCUUGGCAAUUUUUGACUUGGGGUUGGAAAGGCGUCUUGUUUGAAGGAAGUUCUACGUUCAAAGCCAAGGAAUUCAGCCGUAGUGAAGCCAUUGUCUCAUUUUCCGUCUCUUUCCCUUCUUUAAUUCCCAGAAGAAAGGUGUGUAUUAUUUUUAGCAAGGAUAAGGAAAGUGAAAGACAAAACUUGUUUUCGAAACCUAGAGCAGGAAAAUGGCAAAACGAAAAAUUGUGGAGGCGUGAGCUUAUGUCGAUAAAAAAAACCUGACUUGAUAGCAAAGUCGAACUUGGAAUCUUCAUUACUGUUCCUAUUAAAACGAGCGGAAUCUGUUCAAUUUUUAUUUCAAAGGAAUUAAAUUUCAUUUUAUCAAACAGUUGAAGUGUUCUAAAAUGGCUGAAGUUGAAAAAGCUGUUUCCAGUAAUGGGAAUGAUAGCUGUCCAGAGAGCCCAGAGCCAAGAAGCCCACAUUCCACAGGAGAGCAGGAUUUUAUUCUUCUAUCGACACCUGAAAUUGAAUCAGACACCGGAUCGGUGCUGUCGUCUGGGAAGAGUAAAUCCCAGGGAAGCAGUAUUGGUAGUUUUGCUGAUGUGGAUACUCCCAAAGCUGAGGCUACUAUUGAUAAGGAAUUCACCGAUGAAGAGGUUAAAGAGUUAGUUGAAGAUGCAAGAAAGGAAACAAAAGAUGACAUCUCUGAUACAUCAGAGAAGGAUUGUACAAAUCGAUAUUCCAAGGACAGUGGAAUCGGACAGUCAAGUGAAACACUAAAAUUAGACGAUGUCGUAGAUUCAAGUAAUGAAUCUAGUGUCUUACAAAACGACGAGCUGAAGAGAAAGAGAGCUGCUACAGAUAUGACAAAUUCAAAAAGCAUAGAAAUUGUAGAUGAUACCAUAGAUGGCAGCCUUCGUAAUCGGGCAGGAACUGACCCUGGUAGUGGAGAAGAGGAAGGAAUUGAUGAAGACGCGGUUGAGUUCACUAAGGUGACAUACUUGGGCUCCUCCACUGUAGAUGCUCCUGUCAGCGAAAUUGAGCUSAAGCGUACUAUGACGAUCCUGCGAGAACAAUCCCAAGUCACUAUUGACGUCAUUCUUGUGAUUGGGUCAACUUCUGAGGGUAAAAUAAGACUUAUGGACCCUGAGACAAAGACUGAUAUUGCCACUUACAAGGUGCAGAAGAUACUGUUUUGUGGGCGAGGUGAUGUCGACAGUGAGGAAAGGGACUGCUUUGCUUUCAAUACRGUCCAUGGUGAACCAGAUAUCUUUCAUUGCCAUGUCUUCAAGUGUCUUGAACCAGAAAUGGCUGGAAAGAUCUUUAAAUGUUUUGCUGUGGCAUUUAGAAAACACAGAAAGCCUUUGGAUCUUCAGCAUGGUCAAAGAGUGAGGUCACCAACUGAUACCCAACCCGUGCUUACGACAUUGAAUAACCUGUCAUUCAAGUUUGAUGUGUCCCUGGACAUACAAGAGGAGGAUAGUAAGGGAUACUCGUCCGUAUCCAGGGAUAAGGUCUGUUUCAAACUGCGACAAAAUGUCAAGAAGAAAGUUGUUGUCACUGUCCAGCAGCUUACCAAUCGACACUUGAUUGUGGAGAGGUGUUUUGGGCUACUGAUCUGUCCAGGUCGUAACGUUCGACACUCAGACAUGCACCUACUAUCAGGGAUAACUACUGAUAUCCAAGAUGGUGGUAGGGUAUACUGUAUCAGUGGGUACUGGAACCCUUCGGCACAGGAUCUUCUUGUCCUCAACACUGAGACACCAAAAGACACCAGGGUAUUCAUGACAAUAGCCAUUGAUCUUGUGGUUGCUAAAGUCACAGACCCAGUACGCUUCAUCUAUGAAACAAAAGCCAGGAUAUUCCCWGCCAAUGAAAGGCUCUGGUAUCUCAGCCGGCCUAGAAUCCAUGAUACAUACAUCAUGGACCUGCAGGAGGCAGUGAAUGAGGAUACAGGAGAAAAGGGCUAUGAAGUGAAGAGUAUCGUGAGUGAGAAGGAACUGAUUGCCAGAGGACAGAUGUUUAAACGUCAGUCAUCUUACAACCAACAAACAACCAAUGACAAAAAUUCCGAGGAUGAUGAAGAUGAUGAUGAGCCACUACUAUCUGGCUCAGGUAUGGUACAAAAAGAAUGCACAGAAGAGGAGCUUUGCAGCUGGUCUGAACUCCUGUCCAAGUGGAAAGAUGUUAGCACAAAACCACGGCAGYUGUACUCCUUGGUCAAGAAGGGUAUACCAGAGCCUUUACGUGGUCAGGUAUGGCAGAUGAUGGCAGGGGUAGAAGAGAAUGAUGAUCUGCUACAAAACUACAGACAUCUACUCAAAAGGGAGUCACCCACAGAGCAGGUGAUAGUGUGGGACAUACACAGGACAUACCCUGCACAUGAGUACUUCAAGGAGAUUGGUGGAGAAGGACAAGAAUCUCUCUACAAGAUUAGCAAGGCUUACUCUGUGUACGAUGAAGAAGUUGGAUACUGCCAGGGCUUGUCAUUCUUUUCUGCUGUCCUCUUGCUACAUAUGCCAGAAGAACAAGCCUUUGCUGUGUUGGUAAAGAUGAUGUCAGAAUAUGGAAUGAGAGAAAUAUUCAAGAAUGAGUUUCAGAUGCUGCACUUGAGGUUUUACCAGUUGGAACGAAUGAUAGAGGAUUCCAUGCCUGAUCUGUUCAGUCACUUCCAGCACAACAAUGUAGAAGCUCACAUGUAUGCRUCCCAAUGGUUCCUGACUCUCUUCACAGCUAAAUUCCCUCUUCCUAUGGUCUUCUGGAUCAUUGAUGUGAUUCUUUGUGUGGGCACAGACUUUGUCUUUCAAAUGGCAAUAGCACUUCUCAAGGACGCUCGCAAGGAUCUUCUGCAAAUGGACUUUGAAGGGAUACUGAAGUACUUCAGGGUCACGAUGCCCAAAAGGUACAUGGAAGAGGAGCGAUAUAAACAGCUUCUUGCAUCUGCACUAAACAUCAAGGUAACUCACAAGAAACUCAAGAAAUAUGAGAAAGAAUUUGUGAUCUUGAAGGAGAAAGAAGCCCAACUUGAAGACCCAGUUGAAAGACUAACACGAGAGAACAAACGUCUUAUGGAGACGAACAUGCGGUUGGAGGGAGAGAAUGAUAACCUGGCACAUGAACUGGUUACCACUAAGGUUACUCUACACAACAAGCUACUAGAGGCGGAAGAAGAGAUAGAUGCACUGAAGACUCAACUGCAACUGAAUCGCAAGGCUUUAACAGAAACUGAGGAUGAGCGAGAGAGUUUGAAAACAGAAGGCAAACAGCUGAAGGAUAUGUGGAGAAAGAGCCUGCAAGAGAGUGAAGAUGAAAGAAAAAGACAUACAGCCAUUAUAGAAGAGUAUAAGAAGAUCUGCAGUCAACUCGACGAACGCAGCCAAAAACUCAAAGAUGACUUGCAGCAAGAACUAGUGGAAAUCAAGAGGCGAAUCGGCGAGUGUGAAAAGUGCGCACCACUAUUUUCAGAAGAGGGACAGACAUCCCAAGAAGGAGGAGCCAAUGAUGGAUUCAAAACCAGUGUCAAGGUGGUCGAUGCUGAGAAGCGUCUGAGAGAACUGGAACUAGAGCUGGCAGAAACCAAGCUCACCCUGGUAGAGACAGAAUGCCGUGCACAGGAGCUGGAACACAAGCUGUCAUCAUUCAUUGCUGCUGUGGCAAUAGAGGAAAGUAAACCCUGGUUCAAGAGAAAGAGUGUUAUUCUUGAUAAUAAGUAGUAUACAAUGAGACUAUAAUAAUAACAGGGGAGGGGUGGGGAGGGAUGGGCUGGUCGUGAUAGAGGAAAGUAUAUCCUGUUCAUGAGAAAAAGAGUUAUACUUGAUAAUAAGUAGUAUACAAUGGGAGUAUAAUAAUGACAGGGGAGGGGAGGGAUGGGCUGGUCGUGAUAGAGGAAAUUAAACCCUGGUUAAUGAGAAAGAGUUAUACUUGAUAAUAAGUAGUUCAUAGUGGGAUAUAUAUUAAUGGCAGGGGAGGGAUGGUCGUGAUAACCAAAACAAUUACAGGGUAGUGGUAAAUAUGCUGUAUAAUAACAGGGGAUGGGUGGUGUGAAAACCCUAAAAAUAAUG